GAAUUUCAUCAACACAAUGAUUUCCGGAAUUUAGCGUUAGACAGAUUCUCCAAAUAUAACAUAUAAAGAAUGCUACUUAGAUAAAGACUUAUCAAGAUGUUGCAAUCACCAUUAAGUCCACAUGAUUUGACAGCCCAGCUGACCACAUUUAAAUCCUAUGUUGCUUUGAUUGCUGACCCUACACCAGGAAUUGUUGAGAAAAAGCUAAAAGCUGCUCAGGAAUUAAGUGAAAACUUUGAGAGUGUUGUACAAUCACCUCAGUAUCCACAGUUUUUAUGUGAUGCCUUGAAAGUAUUCCUCAAAAUUCUGGAUGAUGGAGAACCUCAAUUCAUUGCUGAACAGAAUAUGCAGCAAUUACGGAAGCUGAUGCUGGAAAUCAUUCACCGUAUACCAAGCAAUGAGCAUCUGAAGAAAUAUGUGCAACAGAUUUUAUCUCUAAUGUUCAAACUUCUGAAGAUUGAGAAUGAAGAAAAUGUGAUUGUAUGCCUGAGAAUUAUUAUAGAAUUACAUAAACAGUACAGACCUCAGUAUAAUGAAGAGAUCAAAGACUUUUUGCAGUUUGUUAAAAAUAUAUACAAUGGUUUACCAAACCAUUUACCAAAAAUAUUUGAACCAAGGAAUCAAAUUAAAGUGAAAGAUGUAACAGAGAUAAAUGUUGACCAGUUAUUACAGGAGACUUUUACUACAACUACAAUUCUUACAGACAAGAAAAACGCUGACAAUCAAAAUAUCUCAUACAAUAUAAUACCCAAAGGAACUUUGUCCCUCAAAGUUUUAGCAGAGCUGCCUAUAAUUGUUGUGUUAAUGUAUCAAUUAUAUAAACCUAAUGUUCACCAAGAAGUGGCAGAAUUUAUUCCACUUAUCAUGAAUACAAUUAUCUUACAACCAUCUGCUGUUCAAAGGGCUAGUCCAUCCUUCAACAAGGAGAUAUUUGUUGAUUUCAUAGCAGCUCAGAUUAAAACCUUAUCAUUUUUAGCCUAUAUUAUCAGAAUAUACCAGGAACAAGUUCAAACUCACUCUGCACAAAUGGUGAAAGGCCUGCUGGGAUUGUUGACAUUUUGUCCACAGGAAGUGGCACAUUUGCGCAAAGAAUUAUUAAUUGCAGCCAGACAUAUCUUAGCUACAGAUCUACGCAAUAAAUUUGUAACCUGUAUAGAUCAGCUAUUUGAUGAGAAUGUGCUUAUUGGAACUGGCUGGACCACAUAUGAAUCUCUAAGACCAUUGGCCUACAGUACAUUAGCAGACUUAGUACAUCAUGUUAGACAAUCUCUGCCACUCAGUAAUUUGUCACUGGCUGUAAAUCUGUUCUCCAAGAAUGUCCAUGAUGAUUCCUUACCCAGUAGUAUACAGACCAUGUCAUGUAAACUCUUACUUAACUUAGUGGAAUGUAUCCGUGCUAAGAGUGAACAAGACAAUGGAAAUGGUAGAGAAUUAUUAAUGAGAAUGUUAGAAGUCUUUGUACUCAAAUUUAAGUCUAUAGCUAAAAUACAGCUUCCACAGAUUCUUCAGAAAUGUAAACAACAACCCCAGACUACCCAGACUUCAACAUUUGAUUCCAAAGUUGAUACAAAAGUGGACACCAAACCAGUACUAGAACCACAGAAACAACCUUCACCCGAUACAGUACUGGACAAUAAACUGCCUUCUUCUCUGUUGAAUGAUCCCUCCUCUAAAGAUAAAGACGACAAGGUGUGGCCAGAUAAAUCUACCAACAGAUUUGGUAUUACCCCAGGGCAGACCAGUACCUAUACAGUUAAUGACUGUAGAAGUCUGGUGAAGACAUUAGUGUGUGGAGUAAAAACUAUAACCUGGGGUAUUGUCUCAUGUAAAGCGACUGGAACAGAAGCCACAACAAUACCAGCAAAGCAAUUUUUGCCAAAAGAAACACUAGUUUACAUAAGACUUGUGAAAUAUGCUCUUCAAGCAUUAGACAUCUAUACUAUUAAUGUGUCACCCACUGGACAGGCUGUAAUUAGACCAGCAGUUGUUCAGAGUGUAAGAACUAAAGAAGAGAAAGAGGUAUUAGAACACUUCGCAGGUGUGUUCAACAUGAUGCACACUCAGACAUUUAAAGAAAUAUUUUCCACAACAGUUGAGUACAUGGUUGACAGAAUCCAUAACAAUUAUGCACUACAGAUAGUAGCUAAUUCUUUCUUAGCCAAUCCCACAACAUCACCAACAUUUGCUACAAUACUGGUGGACUAUUUACUGGCAAGAUUAGAAGAAAUGGGAUCUAAUAUGGACAGAUCUAACUUGUACCUGAAGUUGUUUAAACUGGUGUUUGGUUCUGUUUCAUUAUUUGCUGCAGAAAAUGAACAAAUGCUGAAGCCUCAUCUGCAUGUAAUAGUGAACAGAUCUAUGGAGUUAGCCAUGAGUGCUAAGGAACCUUACAACUAUUUUCUGUUACUUAGGGCAUUAUUUAGGUCAAUAGGAGGAGGAAGUCAUGAUCUUUUGUAUCAGGAGUUUCUACCAUUACUUCCAAAUCUACUGCAAGGAUUAAACAGUUUACAGAGUGGUUUACAUCGACAGCAUAUGAAAGAUUUAUUUGUAGAGCUUUGUUUGACUGUGCCAGUCCGUUUGAGUUCCCUUUUACCUUACUUACCAAUGUUAAUGGAUCCACUUGUAUCAGCACUAAAUGGAUCACAGACUUUAGUUAGCCAGGGAUUGCGAACAUUAGAAUUAUGUGUAGAUAACUUACAACCAGACUUCCUGUAUGAUCAUAUCCAACCUGUCAGAGCUGAACUUAUGCAGGCUUUAUGGAAGACCUUGAGAAAUCCAGUAGAUAAUAUUGCUCAUGUAGCAUUCAGAGUACUGGGAAAAUUUGGUGGUGGAAACAGGAAAAUGUUACGAGAACCCCAGAGACUUCAGUAUAAUGACAAAGAAACAGCAGGUCCAUGUAUUACAAUAUACUUCCAAGACUCCAAAACACCUAUAACACUUCCUGUAGAAAAGGCUAUAGAUGCAGCAUUGACGGCCUUGAAAUGUAGUACAACAGAGAACUUUGUAAGACGUCAAGCUUGGGAACUUAUUAAAUGUUUCCUUGUAUCUGUCAUGAAUUUGGAAGAUGAUAAACAAACACUGACAUAUCUAUUCACUCACACAAGUUUUACAGAAAAUGAGGUGCCACUCCAAACUGGACCAUUGUAUAAAACACCAGACUCUCACUCCAGAAAAGUCCAUGAACAGGCAUUAACUGGAAUGUUUGUUGCUGCUGCUAUCAAGGAACUAAGACAGACAGCACUGCCAUUCAUGGCUUGUAUGGUCAGACAUUACACAAUGAUAUCUAUCUCUCAGCAGACAGGUGCAUUUCCUGUUGGAGAUAAGCAGAACAAAUUACAUGGUAUGGAUACACAGAUCCUGAUUGAUGCUCUGGCUGUUAUUAUGGGACAUGAAGAGAAAGAGCUGUGUAAGCCAGGAAAUCUGGCUCUAGUUCUGAUACUAGAUACUGCCACCACAAUACUGGGGUCGAAAGAAAAGGCAUGCAGAUUACCAACAUUUGAUUAUUUGGUAGAAAGAAUGUGUUCAUUAUGUUAUGAGAGAGCUUGGUAUGCAAAAGUUGGAGGAUGUCUUGCUAUAAAGUUUAUGUAUGAGAGGAUGGCAUUGAACUGGGUCCUGGAACACCAGUUUUCAUUCCUGAAAGCCUUAUUGUUUGUUAUGAUGGACCUAACUAAGGAGGUAUCCAGUGGGGCUGUAGACUUAGCCAAACAUAAUCUGGAGAACAUGUUAGUCAAAUGUUCUCAGGAGAUAUCACAAUGUAAGGAGAAUGAAGAAUUACUGGCUGCUCAAAAGAAAUCCUUCCAUGAAGUAACCCAUGAACUUGUCAGACAGAUUACAUCUCCGAAUACCAUUGUUAGAGAACAGGCAAUGCACUCUUUAGAGAUUUUGGCUAAGACAACAAAGAAGUCAAUAACAGAGAUCAUGGAACCUCAUAAGGAUGUUUUACAAGAUAUGAUUCCUCCAAAGAAACAUUUACUGAGACAUCAACCAGCGAAUGCUCAGAUUGGAUUAAUGGAUGGGAACACAUUCUGUACUACAUUGGAACCAAGGUUGUUUACUAUAGAUCUCAAUGUACUGGAGCAUAACGUCUUCUUCACAGAGUUACUUAGCCUCUGUGAAGCAGAAGAUGCUGUAUUGUUAAAGCUUCCUUGUUAUAAGUCUGUCACAGAUCUGGUACCUCUUAGGAAAAGUGCACUCAGAGCUUUAGCAGCUUGUCAUUACAUUGCUAAUAGGAGAGAGAAGAUAUUCAAUGUUCUUUACAAAGCUCUAAACAGUAACAGUACAGAUUUACAAGAAGUAGCUCAUAACUGUAUGAAAAAGUUUAUAUCGGGAUGUCAGAUUGACAUGGAAAGUGUUCAUCAAGCCAUUAGACCAUUGCUGCUGACAUUAGGAGAUCACAGAAGUCUCAACUCUAACGUCAUCAAACGGUUAUCUUACAUCACACAGCUGUUCCCUAAUACAUUCAAUGAAAAACUUUGUGAACAAUUGUUGACUCAUUUGAAGAAGUGGUUAGAAGUGGCAGCUAUUAGUCAGAAGAGUGGACAAAGUAAAGCUAACGGAGAGGUAAUUGCUCAGGAACUAAAGACAUGUGCUUCAAUUAUCAAUAUCUUCCACAUGAUACCAGCAGCAAGUCAGAAGUUAAUAGAACCAUUAGUGGUUCUAACUCUGCAUGGAGAGAAAGCUAUGUUCCUAGAGGCUGGCAGUCCUUUCCGUGAUCCACUUGUGAAGUUUUUGUUACGAUACCCAGACACUGCAAUAGAACUAUUUCUUCAAGAAAUUCAUCUACAAGAUCAACAGUGGACUAGACUAUUUGAAUUUGUUUUAGCACAUAAGGAUGGUAAACCUUUAAGAGAAAUCUUGGAGAAAAGUCCACAAAGACUGAUAGCUCUUACACAGGGUCAGUCAGCUGUUGUCGAUAUCUCAGCCUCACCAACAUCUCUUCCUACUGGAUCAGGAACACAGGACAUGCAGUACCAGAUGAUAUCUAUUAUUAGCAUACUUGUUAGAUGUGAAGAGGAAUGGCUAUCUAAAAAUGUUGAAAUUCUGGAACAUCUCUUAUCCUUGUGGAAAACUGACACAUUUCAAGACAGACAUGAUAAAGUUGAUAGUGUAGAUUAUAUUCAAUGGAAAGAACCUGCUCUGUUGGUUAAAUGUCUGUUGAACUAUUUCAAAUACCACAUAGAUGAAGUAGAACUUUUAUUCAAUGUCCUGAGAUGUUUUACAUACAGAUAUAUAGUACAGUUCCAGUUUGUCAAGGAUUACUUGGAGAAAACUGUUGCUGCUACUUACACAAUAGACUGGAAAAGGAAUUCUUUUUUCAAGUUUGUAGAUCUUUUUCAUGAUCCAAGUUGGAGUCAAGAUUUAAAAUCUAAGAUACUCCAGUAUGUAAUAAUACCCUGUUGUCAGCAUGCCUUUGAGAGUGGGGACGGUGAGAAACUAAUAGGAGGACCACCAACACCAGACCAAGAUAGUCAGGAGAAUGUCAUUAGUGUGUUUAUCAAUAGAAUAAUUGACCCAGAUAAACCGUUUGGAACCUCAGAUGCUGUUAGAAUUCUAUUAUUACAGUUAUCCUCCUUGUUAGUGGAGCAAGCAUCCUCACACAUACAUGAUGCUAACAAUAAAAAACAAGGGAACAAACUAAGACGUUUGAUGACAUUUGCCUGGCCAUGUUUAUUAUCAAAGAACUGUGUUGAUCCUGCUACCAAAUAUCAUGGACAUCUGUUGCUGUCUCAUAUCAUUGCUAAGUUUGCCAUUCAUAAAAGAAUUGUUCUUCAGGUUUUUCAUAGUUUGUUGAAAGCCCAUGCUGUGGAGGCUAGAAGUGUUGUCCGUCAAGCUUUAGAAAUUUUGACACCAGCAAUGCCAGGAAGAAUGGAGGAUGGAAAUGGAAUGUUAACUCAUUGGACCAAGAAGAUUAUAGUAGAAGAAGGCCACACUGUAGCACAGCUGGUGCACAUACUUCAGUUAAUAGUACGUCAUUACAAAGUAUAUUACCCAGUUCGACAUCAUCUGAUACCACACAUGGUCAACUCAUUACAAAGACUUGGAUUUACUUCUAGUGCUUCAUUAGAGCAUCGCAAACUAGCUGUAGACUUGGCUGAAGUUAUUAUAAAAUGGGAAAUGCAACGAAUAAAGGAAGAUGUGGAAAGUAUAGAAAAAGAGGCACCUGAUGAUGUAACUAACGCUUUGAACCAGAAUGUACCAGCAAAGAGAAGCUCUGCAUCUGUUACAUCUGUUGACUCCCCUCAGGAACCUAAAAGAUCAAGACAUUCUUCUGGAGCUAGUAACAGAAGUUUAACAGAUGUCAACAGACCUAUUGACAAACAUUCAUGUGAUGCUGUUGUUAAUUUCCUGUUAAGAAUUGCUUGUCAGGUAAAUGAAACGCCUGGUUCUCCAGGUGAACUGUUAUCAAGAAGAUGUGUAAGUCUACUGAAGCCAGCCUUACGACCUGAUUUCUGGCCAAAUGCAGAAUUAAAACUGGCUUGGUUUGAUAAGCUCCUGACAUCUGUAGAGAACCAUCAACCAAACUUCAACAACAUCUGUACAGCCCUGGAGUUACUCAGUUUCCUAUUACAGAUUCUGAAAAAAGAGACCAUAUUAUCUAGCUUCAAACCACUACAGAGAGGCAUUGCUGCAUGCAUGACCUGUCCCAACACAAAAGUGAUUCGUGGAGUACAUACCUUACUAUCAAGAUUGAUGAGUUUCUUCCCAACAGAACCAGCUACAUCAAAUGUGGCAUCUAAAUAUGAGGAAUUGGAAUGUCUAUACGCCUGUGUCAGUAAAGUUGUGUAUGAAGGGCUAACUGCUUAUGAAAAAGCCACAACAGCAGGAUCUCCCUCUCAGCUGUUCAGUACUUUGAUGAUACUAAAGGCAGCAUGUAUGCACAAUCAAUGUUAUAUAGAUAGACUUAUUACAACUUUCAUGAAAGUUUUACACAAGAUGGCAAGAGAACAUCUGACUCCGACAACUCCAGAAACUAGUCCAGUUGCAAGUGAAUUAUUGAUUCUGAGUUUAGACCUGGUGAAAAAUCGUGUUGGUGUGAUGAGUUUAGAGAUGAGAAAAUCAUUCAUUGGUCAGAUAUUAGUUGGUUUGAUUGAGAAAACAACAGAUAGUAAAGUAAUGAAGGCUAUAACAAAAAUGGUGGAGGAUUGGGUUAAAACAAAGACAGCUAUUGCCAUUAACCAGUCUCCAGUUAUCAGAGAAAAGGCUAUUCUAUUGGUCAAACUGAUGCAAAAUGUAGAAAAAAGAUUUCCUGAUGAAUCAGAACUAAAUGCUCAGUUUCUGGAACUAGUCAACUAUAUUUAUAGAGAUCAGAGUCUGAUUGGAACAGAAUUAACAUCUAAAUUAGAACCAGCCUUCCUUGGUGGACUUAGAUGUAACCAGCAUCAUAUUAGACAGAAAUUUGUCGAGGUGUUUGACAGUAGUAUACCAAAGAAGAUUUUUGACAGACUGCUGUAUAUUACAUGUUCACAGAAUUGGGAAGCCAUGAGUAGUCAUUUCUGGAUAAAACAGUGUACUGAGCUUUUGCUCUCCGUUGCUGUAUCAGGUCAUGCUAUUCAGAGUUCAUCCUCAAUGAACCUGUUACCAUCAGCCAGUAGUGUUGUGAACUUGGCAGACAGCCAGGAUAGAGCAGCAUUUGCCACAUUAAUGAAAAUCAAAGAAGAACCGAUGGAUGUAGAAUCUGUAGACUCUAACAAGGAAGAGGAGGAGAUAGAGAUGGAACUAAGUGGUGUAACAUCAGAUGACAACUGUAGUAAAGAACCUCCAAAGAAGGAAACACAUGACCAAAAACAAAACAUCAACACUUUACUACAGAGACAGGCAAAGUUCUUAGAGAGUUGCAGGGAAGUAAAGACUUUAUCUUACCUAGGUGCUCUGUCCCAGUUAAAUCACAGUAAUACUGAGCUGACACAUGCUGUAUGGAUUGAUCUCUUUCCAAGAAUAUGGAAAAUCUUAUCUGAGAAACAACAACAGAUUCUUGGUGGAGAAUUAAUACCAUUUAUGUGCAGUGGAAGUCAUGUUAUACAAAAAGAUUGUCAUCCCAGUUCUAUACACACUUUUCUAGAGGGACUAUCACAUUGUGUGCCCCCUGUACAAAUAAGAGCUUGUGUCAUGAAAUACCUUGGUAGAACACACAACAUGUGGCACAGAGCUUGCUUACAACUUGAACAAAUGGCAUUUGAUAGUGGUGCCUCUUUACUGAUCAAAUCUCGACCAAUCAGUGAAUAUGAAUUUGAACCAGUCACUUCACCUCAACAGGAAUCAUUAGAUGCAUUAUGUGAACUUUAUGCCUUGCUCAAAGAGGAAGAUAUGUUAGUUGGAAUAUGGCAGAAGAGGUCAAAAUUCAAUGAGACCAAUACAGCAUUAGCAUAUGAACAACAUGGCUUCUUUGAACAAGCACAAGACCAUUAUGAGAAGGCUAUGUCAAAGGCUCGUCAGGAUCAUAAUUCAGGACCAGCAUCACCCUCAGUAUUACAGGAGUACAGACUUUGGGAGGAACACUGGAUAAGAUGCUCUAAAGAGUUGAACCAGUGGGACCUAAUGUUAGAGUAUGCCAAUUCAAAAGGAAACACCAAUCCUCAUCUAGUAUUAGAAAGUGCUUGGAGAGUUCCUAACUGGGCUCUGAUGAAGGAUGCUCUGUCACAGGUUGAAUUAAGCUGUCCUAAGGAAUUAGCUUGGAAGGUCAACUUAUUCAGAGGAUAUAUUGCCAUCUGUCAACCUGAAGAGCACCAUCUUAACAUGAUUGAGAGACUAGUCGAAGUAUCAAGCCAGUUAGCCAUCAAGGAAUGGAGACGUUUACCAAAUAUUGUAUCACAUAUUCAUGUACCACUUCUACAGGCAGCACAACAGAUAAUGGAGCUACAAGAGGCUGCCCAGAUAAACCAAGGGCUACAACCAGCUAACAUCAACAGGGGUUCUAGUUUACAUGAUAUGAAGGCUAUUGUGAAAACAUGGAGAAAUAGAUUACCAAUGAUAUCUGAUGACCUGUCACAUUGGGGAGAUAUAUUUGCUUGGAGGCAACAUCAUUAUCAGUUCAUUGUAAAUCACUACGAUUCACAUGCUCAACAAGAUCCUCAAAACAGUAACCAUUCCAUGUUAGGAGUUCAUGCUUCAGCACAAGCUAUCAACCAUUUUGGGAAAAUUGCCAGAAAACAUAAUUUAACAGGAGUCUGUUUAGAUUCACUCAGCAGAAUCCACACAAUUCCCAGUGUGCCUAUUGUUGAUUGUUUCCAGAAAAUUAGACAACAAGUAAAAUGUUAUCUACAAAUGUCUGGUACCAUGGGCAAAAGUGAAUUGAAUGAGGGACUUGAAGUGAUUGAAUCAACAAACUUAAAAUAUUUUACCAAAGAAUUUACAGCAGAGUUUUAUGCUCUGAAGGGCAUGUUCCUUGCUCAGAUUGGACGAUCUGAUGAUGCCAAUAAAGCUUUCUCUGCUGCUGUACAGAUGCAUGACACAUUGGUAAAGGCCUGGGCUCUAUGGGGAGAUUACUUAGAAACUGUCUUUACCAGAGAUAGCAAACAACUUAACCUUGGUGUAUCUGCUAUAACCUGUUUUCUACAUGCUUGUCGACACCAGAAUGAAAGCAAGUCGAGGAAGUAUUUAGCCAAAGUUCUAUGGCUUCUGACAUAUGACGACGAGAAGUCUACGUUAGCUGAAGCUGUAGAUAAAUAUUGUGUGGGAGUGCCUCCAAUUCAGUGGCUUCCAUGGAUACCACAGUUGCUGACUUGUUUGGUAAGAAGUGAAGGACGUUUGAUUAUGAACCUUUUGAGUCAAGUUGGGCGUAUGUAUCCUCAGGCAGUAUACUUCCCUAUCAGAACCUUGUAUCUGACACUGAAAAUAGAACAGAGGGAGAGACACAAAACUACAGAUGGUCAAGGUCGACCUGCAACUACUACUGCAGGUCAGAGUUCAACUUCUGUAGCAACAGCUUCUACUUCAAUAUCUUUGAGCACACCCACUACUCCAGAGCCUACCAUGUCUUCAGGUGACACAUCUGAUUCAUCAUUAUCUUCACAAGGAAAGCAGCCAGGACAGUCUCUUACUGGUGAUGCUGGACCAAUCAGGGCACCUGCUCCUAUGUGGAGAUGUAGUAAAAUCAUGCACAUGCAGAGGGAGUUACAUCCUACGAUCUUAAACUCACUGGAGGGAAUUGUUGACCAGAUGGUAUGGUUUAGAGAAAAUUGGUAUGAAGAAGUUCUGAGGCAGUUGAAACAAGGAUUAGCCAAAUGUUAUGCUGUAGCAUUUGAAAACAGAGGAGCAGUUGCUGAUGCUACAAUUACUCCACAUACAUUAAACUUUGUGAAGAAAUUAGUCAGUACAUUUGGUGUCGGGAUAGAAAAUGUGUCAAGUGUGACUACAACAUUUUCAAGUGCAGCUUCAGAGAGCUUAGCAAGGAGAGCACAGGCUACAGCACAGGAUCCAGUAUUCCAGAAAAUGAAGAGCCAGUUCACUACUGACUUUGAUUUCAGUGUCCCUGGAUCUACAAAACUGCACAAUUUGAUUAACAAACUGAAAAAAUGGAUCAAGAUAUUGGAAGCAAAAACAAAACUUCUUCCAAAAUCUUUCUUGAUUGAAGAAAAAUGUAGAUUUCUAAGUAAUUUUUCACAACACACAGCAGAAGUAGAGCUACCUGGUGAAUUCCUCCUUCCAAAGCAUAGUCAUUACUAUGUAAGAAUAGCCAGAUUUAUGCCACGUGUAGAAAUAGUACAGAAACACAACACUGCCGCCAGACGACUUUAUAUCAGAGGACAUAAUGGCAAGAUUUAUCCAUACUUAGUGGUGAAUGAUGCAUGUUUGACAGAAUCUAGAAGAGAAGAAAGAGUUCUACAGCUACUUAGAAUGCUGAAUCAUUUCCUGACUAAACAGAAGGAAACAUCAAGAAGAUUGCUGUAUUUCACUGUACCAAGAGUUGUAGCCAUUUCACCACAAAUGAGACUGGUAGAAGAUAAUCCUGCAUCUGUGUCUCUGUUGGAUGUAUAUAAACAGAGAUGUGCAAAGAGAGGAAUAGAACAUGAUUCCCCAAUAGCUCGUUAUUAUGAGCGAUUAGCAACAGUUCAGGCCAGAGGUUCACAGGCUAGCCAUCAGGUUCUUAGAGAUGUAUUGAAGGAGGUCCAGAACAACAUGGUACCUAGAGGUUUACUGAAGGAAUGGGCAGUUCAUACCUUCUUGACGGCCACAGACUACUGGACAUUUAGAAAAACAUUGACACUACACCUAGCAUUGAUGGGAUUUGCAGAGUUUGUACUCCAUCUGACAAGGAUGAACCCUGAUAUGAUGUAUUUACACCAGGACUGUGGUUACCUCAAUAUUUCAUACUUCAAAUUUGACAUAGAUGAUCAAACAGGAGAGCUUGAUGCCAAUAGACCAGUUCCUUUCAGAUUGACACCUAACAUUGCUGAGUUCCUUACAACAAUAGGAGUGAUAGGACCCCUUACAGCAUCAAUGGUUGCAGCAGCUAGAUGUUUGGUGCAACCACAAUAUAAACUACCAAGUUUUCUAAAAGCUAUCUUGAGAGAUGAAUAUAUAACUUGGCACAAAAAGAAACAGGAAGAAUUACAACCAGGGACAGAACCUACAGAUAUGGAGGGAGAACAAUUAAUUACCAUGGUGAAUAAAGCAGUAUCAGCUAUUACAACCAGACUUCAUAAUUUAGCAACAUUUGAAGGAGCAGAAAGUAGAGUCAGUACAUUGGUUGCAGCAGCCAACAGCCAUGAUAAUUUAUGUAGAAUGGACCCUGCCUGGCAUCCCUGGUUAUAACAAUGUUACAAAACUGACAACAUUGACCAGGAGUUAUUGAUAUCCUUGCAGCAUGAUUUUGUCAUUUAUUAUUUGAUUAAAUGGUAGAGCUGGCUGUAGAAACCCAUCAGCAUGAUAGCUUUUGAAGAUUGGAGAAAGCUUGAAAACAUUGUCUACAAUACAAACAUACAACUAUGGUAAAAAUGUUUCAAGAGUACAGAUUACAAGCCGUCAUGUAUGGUUGGAGUGUCAAAUUUUGUAUCCUGCUGUAAUUGUGAAAUAAUACAUUGUUUUAUAGAAAGCAUCAUUUCAUAUCUCAUGUGUUCAAUAUUGUGUAAAUUAUGUAAAUAGAUACCUCAUUAACACAUGUUGUCAAUUAACUUGAUAAUAAGAUUUCAGUUUUGUCAGUCUAUUUACCUUCUUCACUGACCUACAGUGUUAAGCCAAUCAACAUAUACUUUGUAAAGCACAGGUUGUAAAGGUGGGAAGACUUACAAUUCAACAUUAUGUCCAAAAUGUACACCUGAACAGAAAUAUUAAAAAGUCAGAAUCUCUUUCAAAAUGUGAGAUAGGCAGUUGUUUUUUUAUGUUCAUAAAUAGUGUUUUGAUAAAAUGUAAGUUAAUGAUCUGAUCAACUUUUGUAUUUAUAAAUGAAGUAUGCUUAUAUGAUUAUUAUAACAAAAACAUCAACAAAUUGAUUAUAGAUAUCUAGGAUUAUGGAAAAAGCAUCACUUCUUUGGCUAUUCUGUGGUUUAAGCACUAUCAACAAAUACAGUGGUAUGCAUGGGGUUGGUAUUAUUUUUUGUGUUUCGGUGAACCUUGGAAGUCCCAAUAAAUUUGUAAUCCUAAGAUAAUGCUAACGAUAUGAUUGUGUAUUUUAUCAGUAUGUAUGUAUUCAAAUGAUGAAAUGCUUGUAAAGAUACAGAUUGAUCAAAUUAAAUACUUUAAAUUAACAAUUUUUUUUUCUCUGGAUAAAGUUCAGAUGAAAAAAUAUGCUUGAUUUUCACUCCUAAUUGUGAUUUGAAGGUUUGUUAUUCUUUUCAAAGGUAGAUAUCAAUAGAAUGACAUUUUAAUCAUUGAUUAUAAAAUGUAUGUAUAUAUCUGUGUUUAGUAAAUAACCACAUUUUCUUAUUAACUUUUAUAAGACAAACUUCAAUUAAAUUAUUAAGUACUUGUCACUUAUAUAUUUAAAGUCAGUUAUACAUAGUACAUUAUUUCAUUUGUAUAUUAAUCAUAGAUUUAUUUGAAUAAGGGUUAUGGAUCUUUUUCCAGUCACACUGUUUGCAUAGAAACUGUUGUUUAUGUAUAUACUAUUAAGAUGAUAUGAAAUGUUUUUGAAUUUGAUAUCUUACCAAAAUAAAUGUUCCUUUAAAAUGUGAUGCAAUUUUGAUAUGUGAAUGAAUUUGUAACUAUCUGAUUCUUAGAAACUAACAUGCAGGAGAAGUAUGUUCUUAUCUUAUUUCAAUUUAAUGUCAAUUUUCAGGAAAAGAUACAACUGCAGUACGAGGCUCUUUGGUACUAUAUUUACCAGUUUGUAAACUUUCACAAUAUUAUUAUAUAUAUAUAUUGAAUAAUAAAUUACUGAUAAUUUUAUGUUGACCAAACAAGCAUUUUGAUUGAUAAAUCUUAAUUGAAAGCUUUUUCAUUAAAAAGAAAUUUUUUUAUUUACUAUUUAAUAAUCAAGUAUUUCAGAAGCAGAUCUAUCUAUAAUAAACUUUUUACAGGGUCUUAAAUAUAACAAUAUUUCAUAUAUUUUCAUUAAAUUUUAUCUUAUGUAUAUUUAAUAGAUCUUUUGUUAAACAUGCAUUAUAUUUCAAUGUGUCUUUCACAUUGCAUUGUGUUUCAUACUAGUCUACGAUGUAUAAUGGUAAUCAUUUUUGAGACAGCUCCUUUUGGAAAAAAGACAUCGGUUUAAAUAUGAAGGAUUCAAUAUAAAAAAAACCUGCCAAAAAAUGGAAGAAAUUAAGAAACUUUUUCCGAUAAAUAUCCUUGUAUCUAGGUAUAAAUACAUUUGCACAAUAUCUUGGUUCAAUGUAACACCUGGUUACCUUGAUGCAAUAAAAAUAUCAAAAUAAAAA